AUGCUUCUCAAACGAAUAUCAGAUUCAUUGCCUGAUGAACUUGCUAGUCUAAUUCCAGAGCUUGAAUCCGCAGGAAUCAAAACAACCGAAUCCCUGAUAUUCUCAUCUUCCUCGACGAUCUUACAUCUCGUUCCAAUCUUAUCCACAAUCCAACUAAACUGUCUUAUCGAAGAGUGUUUGAUAAGAACAUCUCCUGAUGAAAUAAGAGGAGAUCAAGUGAAUGAAGACGAUGGAGGAUGGAGUGGGUUCGGUAUACCUGGAUUAGAUGAGUUAUUUGAUGGUUGGAAUGGAAUUGGUUUAGUCGAAAUUGCAGGACCAAGAAAAGUGGCCAAAUCACUGCUCGUACUACAUGCUGCAUUGAGGGUAUUAUUUCAAGACCCUGAAGCUUAUUGUAGAUGGAUAGACACGGAAGGAUCAUUCUCACCUGAAAGAGCAAAAGCUAUUCUGGAUAUAUGGAACGUAGAAGACAUACAUGGAAUAUUGGAACGAUUGGUGGUUGUAAAUGCAUUCAAGCUUGAAGACAUUUUCAAUUCUAUAUCACAGAUCAAACAAUCGAUCGAUAAUCCGGAUCAAGGUGAAAUCAAAGUUUUGGUGUUGGAUAACGUAUUCACUCAUUUCAGGGACUUACUGUCCGCUACUUCGGCUCAAGGUCACGCUGAACUGGUCUCCUUGAUGGAAGAAAUUGCUGAGAUUACAUAUUUAAAAGGAAUGGUCUCUUUCAUCAUCAACUCAUCAGUCUCAUCUCAGCCCACCAAUCCUCUGUCAGCGUUCAAUAGAACAGAUAUCAAACCCGCCUUGGGAGCGUCAUUCACCUUCACGACCGAUAUAACUUUACUUAUACAAGAAACUGGAAGAGUCUUUGGUCUAGCGGAUGCAGAGGAAAGAGAAAGAAUAAGAAAUAAACCUGGGUUGAGAGGUCUGGUGGAAGUUAUUAGGAGUCGGGUCUCUCCUACCGGUAAAUGGGCAAUAUUCGAGACUGACGGCAUAAGACUAUUCGACGUUAUACCUCCUCAUGAGGUUGAUGAGCGAUCUACUCGGAUAUCAGCUGGAUUACCUACUGGUCCCUAUAGACCUAUUCAUGGAUCACUAGCUCAAACACUGAUACCAUAA